UGUUACCACGAUGUUAUAACGCUGAAUAUAUCAUGGAUAAUAGCUAAGAAUAUAAUACAAAGAAGAGUGCUGAUUACAAUAGGACACGUAAUUCGGAUCGAACGUGGUGCAAUUCUAUUGGUUAUUCUUCAGCGCUUCUUUCAGAUCGCCAAGAGAAACACGACAGCGAUCUUUUGGUUUCUCGGAUUGCCGUUUGACUCUCUGGUCACCGAAAAGCAGAUAGAAAACGAUCCUCGAAAAUGAAAUUCAAAAUCACAGCUCUCUCCCUCUCACGACGACCCGUCAAAUUUUACAGAAGAAAGAUAGUAGCUUGAACGAUCGAAAAAGAAAGGAAAAGCGGCAAAAAACGUAAAAAAAAAAAAAAAAAAAAAAAAAAAAAAAAAGUAUCAGCUGAUCUGAAACAAGGGAAAUGUGUCGGUGAUGUUUAAUGUGAACAGGUAUCGAAGGAAUAACCCGGGUCUGGAACAGGCGAUAAUCGGGACCGAGUUGUUGCGAUUAGCCGGUGGUCCGAAUCGCGGAUGGUACCCGACGAGAAAGGCGAAUCAACCGCGGCCAGCAUCGAUCGAGCAUCUCGAGCGGCUAAACAACGCGUACGAUCCACGGCUGGCAGGCUCCGGGGACCAAAGGAAACCGCUGACUCUGCCGACAAACAUCACACCGAACAAAUACUUCGGCCAAAGUAAGCACAGCUCCGCCUCCAGCACUCGCGAGGCGCUACGGAGGGUCACUAGCUUGCUCAUCAAGAAAGGAAGCGGAAGCAAGGAUGGGAAAAGUGGAAAAGACAAUGCAUCACCGUGUGGCCCUUAUGCAGCUGCCGAAUGCGGCGACGCGCCGAAGAAGAAAGGAUUCUUCAAAGGUUUCUGGAAGAGGUCGCGUCAUUAUUCGCUGGAGAACCAAUAGCCCAGGUUAGGCGGUAGGGUGACGGGUCAGCAACGACAGAGACAGGCGCCUCGGCAACACCACCAUUAUCGACAACACGUCGCUACGAGCGCUUUGACGCACAGUGCUUGCUGCUGCGUCGUCCAGUAGCCUCGGUCCCACUUCGUGGUAGAACUAGCGACAAGAUUCGCGUUCCUUCGUCCAUUUCAUCGAGCUUUUAUUCCGCCUGAUCGAUGGUCUCCGAGUCCAACAAGCUACAUACGUCAGCCCGUGGGUAAAAUCUUUUUGCGUAUUUUAUGUUUUUCCAGUUCCCUUUGCUUUCUUUUUUUCUCACACUUUCUCUCUCUCUCUCUCUCUCUCUCUCUCUCUCUUUGUCUGUCUCUAUCUAUCUUUAUCUUUCUUCUCCUUUCCCCCUCUUUUUCUCUCUAUGUCCUAAAAAAAGUAGUUUCAGUUUUUUUCGUUUCGUUAUAUUUCGACAUGCAUACAGGGUAUUUUGUAAGUUGCGACACGAAGAGCAAACAAGUGAUUCUGUACGAAAAAAUCAAGUAAAAUUUACGAGAUUUUGGAUUUGAGACAAUUUCAAAUACUUGAUCGAUACACCUAACCUAACUCUGCGAGAUUGUUUUCUUUAAAUUUAAGAAAUGUUUCACCGAUGGAAAAAGUACAAUUUGUCAAAAGAUGAUUUAAAGGAGCACAGAUUUGAUAGUUGUAUUUUUCGACUUGCGUUCCCGAUUUAUUUUCUCAUGACAGGCAAUCACCCUUUCGCUGGUGAUUGUAUCAUCAAUUACAAGAUACCCUGCAAAUCAAAUUACGUUGUAUUACAUCACCUUACAUUAUGUUUGAUGUCGUACUGAAUCGUUUCGUUCGUCUCUCGUACGUAAUUGGUUUGCUCGUACGAGCAGAACAACGCGAAGCGGAAUAGAAGCAACGAGGCAAAGUGUUGCGCGAAUUUGUCGAUUUCAUCGCCAGCCGGCGUUGAUCAGAUCAUCACGAAUCGGUCUCCCUAAAUCCACAAACCAUAGAAAAACAUAAAAUACUUAUUGUUAGAUCACUUGAAAGAUUCGAUCAACAACGCACACAAAUUGAGUUGGUCCUCCGUUGGCUCGUUCGUUUACUUCAUUAUUUCUUCAUUCGCGUUUGAAGCGCAAAGAAAAAAAAAAAAGAAAAGAAAAGAAAAAGAAAAGAACAGACCGACACAGCGCCACUAGCGAGAUUUUCUAACGGUAAGAUAGUUCGAGUUUGCAUUCUAGGCGCGCAUGCGCGCUCCGUUUCGCGUCUCGAGCGGUAAAAGCGUUCGAUAGUUUUCGACUCGAGAGGUAAAUCGCUAUCUCGCACGGCUUAACCAAAUUGCUGGAUGGAUUUCGAUUGAAAGGAACUUUUGCUUUACAGAGGUAACCACCAAUUAAGUCGUAAUAAUCUCACUGGGAGUGGAAGGUUAAAUCGAAGUCGAUUGGAAUCGGGCAGCUGCUCGAUUAGCAAAUGCCAAAAUACGGUACACGAUAGUCGACUUUCUAAUUGAGAAGGAGCGACGAUCGACGAUCAUCGUGGUUGGUCGUCCGGUCGACGAGUCGCGAUCGAUCAUGAGCAUCGGAACAUCUUGUGCGUUUUUCUUUUCGAUCAUCUUCCUUCCUUGUGUGUUGUACACGACGUACGCGAGCACGUUUAUAGAGAGUGAGUAAAUAAACCGUAAGUUUAUCCAGUAUUCGAGUAUCCGAGUAUAUUUCUAAAUACGUGUACUUUAGACGGCGUUCAUUAGCUCACGUUAUUACGGCACAAGCAAUAGAGAGAAAGAGGAGAGCGUAGAAAAGAAACGUAUGGGGACGAAUGCAUGUGGAAUUACGAAAUUCAUGUAAAAAGAAGUCACACUGUAUUUACUAUACGUAUUUAUUGUUAUUCAAACGAUUUGUAAUUAUACCAACGAAACGUUCCCUCUAGUUUCAACGUUACCAUAUAAAUACUAUUUUUAUUACGUCAUUGCCUGUAUCAUCGUCGCCAUCGUUGUCAUUCUCAUCGUUGUUUCACGUUUUUUUUUUUUUUUUUUUUUUUUUUUUUUUUAUUAAGUCGGAUUAAUACAUGAGAAAUGUCGUUUCAUCAAAUGCGCAUUUACAUAAUUCGACGUACCUUCAUCGAUCGAUUUCAUUAUUUAAAAGUUUUAAAGUAAUUUAUCACUUUAAAAAAUUAUCUGGAUGAAGUAGUAGUUGUCUUCAACUUUUUCAAGUACUAAGUUAUGUUAUUUUUUUUUCUCAAAUAAUUCUAAUCGCAUUAAUUAACACUAACGAUAGAUCAGAAUUGACCGGGCGCUGGCUACCUACGACAAACUUGAACUUUUGAAGGAACAACAUUUCAUGUGCACCAACUUAAUAUAAUUCAUACUGUCAACGCCACGACCAUUCUCAUUACGUAUAUUUAUUUGUCUCUUUCCCCUCUUUAUUGUUACAAUUUUUUCUAUUUAGUCACCUUUCACGACACACAAUGAUCGUUUGGGUCUAUGCUAUCCACGGAGCCAAAAGAACCUAUCCUUAUUAUUAACAUUUAUAACUAUUGCUAUUUAUUUGAAUCAUUAUCGUAAAGUUGUUAUGAUCAUUGUUACUAUCAUUGUUAAUCCUGGACUGACAUUACGAAAAUGAAAAUGAAAAUGAAAGUGAAAGUGAAAAUGAAAAUGAAAACGAAAACGAAAACGAAAAUAACAACGCGCAUGCAUGAAACGUUGAAACACGCAAAUGAAAUGCAGAGGUGAUAAAUGCAUUGUUGUUACGGAACGAUAUAAUCAAUGUUAUUACGAAUUAACGGUUGAAUUUACUUGCUUACUUACUCAUUUAUUAGUAUCGAUAGUCCUCUAUCUGUAUGAUACGUAUAUAGAAGGAAGGAGAAUUAAAAUUAUAUAGCCAGUAACGUAACACAAAUGGUGACGAUAAUAACGACAACUCUCGUGAAGAAUUACAUUCAAUGGGAAAUUGAAGAAAAGAUAACGUCAACAAAAUCAAUUCGAAUGAAGAGAAUAACUUCAGUACCAAAGAUUGCCUCCGCCGUAUGUCGAAAACUCGAUCAAGAUAUAGGGGAAACGUAUAGGAAAUCGUAUUUCUUAACGCGUAUUCGUUCGACCGAUUCUUUCUUCGAUUCUUUAUAUAUUUUUGUACGUAACUUCUAACAUCUACGAAUUUUGUCAACGACAAAUUCCCGUCGAACGAUCGAUCGUUCCCCUCCUCUUUUAUUUCUUAAUCUCUUCUCCAGUUUUCGUUUCCAAGUGCCAACCAACGACGCGAGUUCGUCUGCAUCGACGUCGUCAUCUUUCGAAAUAUCCGGAAACAAGAUUCCCCUGUGAAUCGUUGAAUUCAUUGAUAAACAAUGUUCACACGUUGGUUUGCAUUGCAGGUUGUCUACAUAAAUGAAAUUAACAUGAUUGAAACGUAAUUGUGCGCGCGCGCGUGUGUGUGUGUGUAUCGUUCGCGACUCGCGACGUUCGACGCGCGCUAUACUACUAUAAUAUUUUCCUUCCAGUGUUGAUUCAAUCGUUCUGUCUAAGAAAAUCGUUCAGCGCGAACGCGUGCCAAUUGCCAAUAUAGCUAUAAAAGGACUGUAGUAGAAUCUCAUGGAAGAGGAAAGAAGAAAUAAGAAGGAAGAAAACGAAAGAAUAAGAAAUGGCAAAUGCCGCUUGACCGUAAUGUAGGUUACGACACCGCUUUCUUUUUUCCUGCGUGAUAUGUAUAUUUAUUUAUUUUUAACGCGGCUCUACUACACACUGUAUGUAUAGUAACUCCUGUAAAUAAUGAUCGCGAAUCGUGAUCAGGAUACGUGACAGAAAAGAAAGAAAGAAAAAAAAAAAAAAUGAGAAAAAAAAGAAAAAAGAAAAAGAAAAGAAAAGAAAAGAAUGGAACGUAAGAAGAGAGGAAACUGUUCCGCGAUCUUCCCGUCGUUUCGCCGGGAAAUGAUCGAGUCAGGACUGUGAGAACGAUGGGCAUUCGAGAUACGCAUCGGCCGCGUGCUGUUGUUGCUACCACUGCUGUUGCUGCUACUGCUGUUAUCGUUGCUGUUACCGCUACAGUUACAAAUUUCGAGAGCACGCUGGCCGCUUUGUCGCACAUUCGUUGACACGCAUGCACACCUAUCUGAUAAGAAUCUCUAACUUAAAGGUAAUCUAAUAAAGGUUAACGCUACUCUUAAACCCAAUGCCACUUAUAAACGAACGUUUAUAAAGCAGAAACGUUCGAUCCAGCGCGUUUAUAUGCUACGUACAUAUCUUAUUUCGCGUACGAGUGUACGUAUACACGCGUGCGGCUUGUACGCAUUCAGUCUCACUUUUUUCAAUGGCGUCUUAUGUUCUCUUCAUCAUCUUCGAUCAUUUUCUUCUUCUUCUUCGUUUUCUUCUUUGCCUCUGUUCCUCUUCUCUUUUUCUCUCUCCAACCAUCAUCUCCUCCACUUGUCACUAUUGUCAAUUUCAACAGAACAACCGCUGUUUUCUUCGAACGGUAUCGUCUAAUGAUCGUUGCUAAUUGUGGGAACCUCUCCCCCACUCUCCUUGGAAAGGAGAAAAACACAGAAAUGCCUAAAAAAACCUUAACUUGUUAACGAAUGUAACGAAGAAUCAGAGGGAAAACGAGAUUUUAGAUUUUAAAUUGUUUCGAGACGAAACUCGAUUCGUUCGCGUUUCACUUGUGUGUCAAAUACGAAAGGAAAAGCGUAUUUACACGAUAUUCGUGUAAUACGGACGACCGUUUCUUCUUUUUCAACAAACGAGACAUUUUGAAAGCUAAAUAUCAAAACAUUCUCACCGGUAGUACGUUUUUACAUGAACUACUACUCUGAACACAUUUUCCUGUUGUAUCCGAAAAAUUAUCAAUACGUUGAUACAACAAGGACCGUGUAUGCCGUUAUCGAAAUUACCGAACAAAUUACGUUUCGACGAGUUCGUUCGAUUCGCCGUUUAUACGUUAUUGUCAAAUUCACGCUGUGUUUAAGCAGCCACGAUGUUAAGACCGGUUCGUUGGGCGCAUCGCUUCUUAUAGCUUUUCGGUCUGCCUAAGUGGAAAACGAGCCUGCGUACUACUCAGCCAGGGAAAAACGGGUCAGAAGAGGAAACAAACUCGGGUAAAUACAUACGUACUUAACGUAUGUAUGUAUGCAUGUGUACGCUUCGCGUAGUUGUAACGAUUUAGAUUGAUUACAGCGUUGGAUGGUCAAGUCCGAGGAGAAGACCAAUGUGCAAACCAGGAGAAAAUUUCAGUACAAAUUCGAUAGCUUUAUCGUUUGAUCGCGAAAGAACAAGAACAAUUAAACGUACUAAAAAGAACGAGAUGGCAAUAAAACGAAUAGCGCAAGUGCACGUACAGCAGGAUUAGGAAAAUCGUUGGACGACGAUUAAGCGCUCGACGCCUCGGUACUAAUAUCGACGACAUUUCGUGAAUUACGAUUACGAUCCCAAGUCUUUCCUUCCAGUUCCGUGUAUCGCAUAUGUAUCGUUCAUCCGAAACCAUCCAUUUGUUUGUAUGUCCAUAUAUGUAUAUUAUAUCUAUACGAUUGUUUUCUCCACUGUAAAAGAUUUAUACGCAUCAUCCCCCCCCCCCCCCCCCGAUCUCUUUAGUCGUUAUCUAUGACAACAAAAAAGAGAUUCCGAAUCACCCGAUAUUUACUCUGAAAAGCAAGUCGAAUAAAUUUUGCAAGAAUAAUCUAAAAAGAAAACCGUAGGCUAUAAGACGUUGAUCGAUAGAAAAUAUAAAAAUGUGGCGAUCCCGCUCGCUGUAAUUAGAGAUAAUGUUUUUUAAGACGAAACAAAAUCAAUGCGAGUAAACGAGAACGAUUUUUAUGUAAAUUUUCUUGAUAAUUUUGUAAAAAGUUUUAUUUAAUCUUCUAAUCUACCAAUAAAUUAAACAACAGUUUAUAAAUUAAAA